AUGAGAUAUAUGCCAGAAUUCAAAAAGUCCCAGUCGCACUCCCUGAGGAAUUUUGCAGUGUGCGACAUGCCUCUGGACCACAUAUGCAGCUACAACAGCAGAGAUCAGUGCAAGGGACUCGGGUGCUGCUUUCACGAAGGCGUCUGCAAAGAAAAGUUAGUUUCCACUUAUAUGCACGUGUUUUGUGCCUUCAUCCUGAUCGUUGCCGGGGCCUUUAUUUUCAUUACUGUUUACAGGGUUGUUCAGGAAAGGAAGGAAAAGGAAGCCGCUAUGGAAUUGCCUUUGUCAUUCAAGUCCGGAGAGAACGUCGUGGCGGCCCCCAUUGCCCGCAGGCUGGCAGUGUGGAAGGCUCGGACUGCCAGAGCACUGCCGUGUGCCGGAUGUGGCGGGCACACCCUUAAGACAACAGUGACGAUAAAGAAUACUGAAGAAACUAAGGGUUGA